AUUUAGCCUGCUCCUCUGGUGGAAGUUAUUCUUCAUUGGGUGGAGGAGAGAGUGUGACAGCACAUCUCUAAACCAACAGCCCAAUCUGCAAACAGUAGUCGGCGCGCUGAGCCAGAAGCGACCCAGCAGCUCUCUCUCUACCCCCACCUCUCUCUCGUAGACCUGGGACGCUGAGGCGUAGGGGAAAGCUCAUUCCAUAACACGGCAGUCCUCCAUGGCUCUGUGCAACGGAGACAGCAAGCUGGAGAUCAACAGCGCAGAGCAGAAUGGGUCAUGUGAGGGAGCGGUGGCCAUCCUGGAUGCUGGGGCCCAGUAUGGUAAGGUGAUUGACCGACGGGUGCGAGAGCUGUGUGUACGCUCUGAGAUCCUCCCUUUAGAGACCCCAGCCUUCGCUCUCAGGGAACAGGGUUACAGGGCAGUCAUCAUUUCAGGUGGUCCAGCCUCUGUGUACGCAGAAGAUGCGCCCUGGUUUGACCCCGCUAUAUUCACCAUAGGAAAGCCUGUUCUUGGGAUUUGCUAUGGGAUGCAGAUGAUGAAUAAAGUAUUUGGUGGUACGGUCCAUAAAAAGAGUGUCAGGGAAGAUGGCGUGUUCAGCAUAGGGCUGGACAACACCUGCUCUCUCUUCAGAGGCCUUCAGAAGGAGGAGCUGGUCCUUUUAACCCAUGGGGACAGUGUUGAUAAGGUGGCUGAUGGCUUUAAAGUGGUGGCCCAAUCAGGGAAUAUCAUUGCCGGAAUUGCUAAUGAACAGAAGAAGCUGUAUGGGACACAGUUUCACCCUGAGGUCGACUUGACAGAGAGAGGCAUGGAGAUGCUGCGCACCUUUCUUUUUGAGAUUGCUGGAUGCACAAGCAACUUCACCGUACAAAACCGCCAACUGUCCUGCAUCAAUGAGAUCAGAGAAAAAGUAGACAAAUCUAAAGUGCUGGUGUUGCUGAGUGGUGGAGUAGACUCAACAGUUUGCACAGCUCUCCUCAACAAAGCCCUGAACCAGGACCAGGUGAUAGCAGUUCAUAUCGACAACGGCUUCAUGAGGAAGAGAGAGAGUCAGAGUGUGGAGGAGGCUCUCACCAAGCUGGGCAUCAAGCUCAAAGUGGUAAAUGCGGCUCAUACCUUUUACAACGGAACAACAACCCUUCCCAUCUCUGAGGAAGACAGGACACCACGAAAACGCAUCAGCAAGACUUUGAAUAUGACCACAAACCCAGAAGAGAAGAGGAAAAUCAUUGGAGAUACAUUUGUCAAAGUGGCUAAUGAAGUUAUAGGAGAGAUGAAUCUGAAGCCAGAGGAGGUCUUCCUGGCCCAGGGUACCUUGCGACCGGAUCUCAUUGAGAGUGCCUCUCACAUUGCCAGUGGCAAGGCAGAGGUCAUCAAAACACACCACAAUGACACAGAACUCAUCCGCAAACUCCGAGAUGAGGGAAAAGUAAUUGAACCUUUGAAAGACUUCCAUAAAGAUGAGGUCAGAGCGCUGGGCCGAGAGCUGGGCCUGCCGGAGGAGAUCGUCUCCAGACACCCUUUUCCAGGUCCUGGUUUGUCCAUCAGGGUGAUUUGUGCAGAGGAGCCCUACAUCUGUAAAGACUUCGCCGAAACAAACAACAUUCUCAAAAUUGUCACGGAUUUCUCAGCAAGUGUCAAAAAGCCUCAUGCCCUGCUGCAGAGAGUCAAGUCAUGCAUAUCAGACGAGGAGGAAGAGAAGCUCAUGCAGAUCACCAGCCUUCAUUCACUAAAUGCCUUCCUGCUGCCCAUCAAAACUGUUGGCGUCCAGGGUGAUUGCCGGUCCUACAGUUACGUGUGUGGUGUCACGAGUAAAGAAUCUCCACAUUGGGAGUCUCUAAUGUUCUUGGCCAGACUCAUCCCUCGCAUGUGCCAUAGCAUCAACAGAGUUGUGUAUGUCUUUGGAUCCCAUGUUAAAGAACCGCCAACAGACAUCACCCCGACCUUCCUGACCACAGGAGUUCUGAGCACGCUCAGACAGGCUGACUUUGUAGCUCAUUCUAUCCUCAGAGAGUCUGGUUAUUCUGGCAAGAUCAGUCAGAUGCCUGUCAUCCUGACGCCCCUGCACUUUGACCGUGACCCACUGCAGAAGCAGCCAUCCUGCCGGCGCUCUGUGGUGAUCCGCACCUUCAUCACCAGCGAUUUCAUGACUGGCAUCCCAGCCAUGCCGGGCAACCAUAUCCCAGAGGAGGUGGUUCUGAAGAUGGUAAACGAGAUCAAGAAGAUCCCGGGCAUUUCCAGAGUCAUGUAUGAUCUGACCUCCAAGCCACCCGGCACCACCGAGUGGGAAUGAAACCCUUUAUUAAAUCGUACCGAUAGGACACACUCACACACAAUGCACAAACACACUCAGCAGAUAACAGAGAGGGCUGGUGAACUCCUUUCCCUUCAGUCCUCCUUCCUUCUAUCCUCACCCUGCUCCUCCUCUCUUCUCCUGUUCCUCCUCCCCUCUCUCUAACAUUCCCAUGGAAGGCAGACUGUACUGUGAUGGGCAUACAAGCAGAGGGGCCUCUACUCUGCUCUCCCCACAACUCCUCCCUGGUCUUAAUGUUUUGGCGAUAGGGAUUGAUCAAUGUUGGUUAUUGAUAAUAUAUUGUCAUUUUUUGAUCCAUGUACGACAGUGUUUUCCUCUUAAAUGAAAUAGUAUAUUGCUGCUUCCUUUUGUAAAGUCAACCUUUAAGACAAGUGGCGAGAAGCUGUGAAAGUUCAGAACUUGGACUUCAGUGUUGUGCCUCAGAUUGCGUUAUGGGAUGAGCUGAACGUGAAAACAAACAAACAGUAGUGUUAAGAAAGAAUAGUGACAGGAGACUGGAAGUCUUCAGCAGAUGUUUUCUAACUUGUCUGACGUGUCUCUCACCAUCGUAGAGUUUUCUCAACCUGUUUGUUCAUUUCCACUUUCUGCCUCUAAACUGUGCUAUGAAGAAGGUCGUCUGUUUAAGGUAAAACUGGACAGACGGCCCUUGUGACCAAUCAAUUUUAAGCUUUUUUCUUUUUGCCAAAAGUAGAAAAUGCCGUGGUGAAACAUAAUGUUGUGGGCUCCUUUGACGAUCUUCUCCAAGCUACAUUUGUUGACGAGAGCUCUUGGCUUGUUGCUGAGGCAUCCGUGGGCAUCCUUCAAGCCAAGAUUAGCUUCAGUAUGAGGACUAGUGUGCAGCUGUGCAGGAGGCCAAUAUGAUGGGUAACUUUGUAUGUGCCUGUUCGAUUGCUAUUGUUUAUUCCUUCGGGGCGACCCAAGAAAGGAGGAUUCAACACUUUUUCUCCUCAUGCUGCAAUAUGUAUGCUUUUUAUGAAGAAUAAACAUGGCAAGGGGACUAGCUAUUAAUGAAUUAUAAGUACAGUAGAGUUUAUAACUACAUUGUGUAAGUUGCUGUUGUCAUUAAUCAUCAUUUGGCUGCCCAUUUGUUGUACAAGGGCACAUUUUUUGCACAUUUAAACUUGUUUCCACUUUUUAAGCAUUGGUGCUUUAUCAGCAUAGAAUUCAUGGAGAACUUCACCUUAUAAAUGUGUCACUGUGUCAGGUUAAGAUAAAAGUCUGUUGCCAUCUUUUACAUAAGUUCACUGUGUCUAAGAAAGCAUAUUUUUCUGUCCUACACUGUUAAAACCUUCAGCACUUCAUAUCCCUCGUCUUCAGUCUGUCAUUUAGAUCUCAGUGAAUACAGCGCUCAGGUUUAACUGAGUUUGAAAACAUGAAUUACUCCUGAAGUAGACACAUUUCACUCAGACGUGGUGGUUCUCAUGCCUCCAGGAUUUGUUUUUGUGCCUCUCAUCCUCUGUUCAAUCCUUAAUCUUUAGUGGCAAAGUACUCCUAAUGGAACACGGUUUUCCUAACUUGUCUUAACUGCUCUUCUUCCUGAGUUCUGCCUUUUUCUAAGUGGGAAUUUUCUGUUACACAGUAUGUCUACAUUACAAACAGCUUGAGAACAUUGGACAUCUGAUUUUGUAGUUAAUUACAAUAUCAAUACAAUUAAGUUAUGCAAUUUAUUGUCUGUUUUUUUUUUUUUCAGUUUUUUCAACAAUGCUCAUUCUCCUUUAGUAACGUGCCUCAAACCAAGCCACUGCAUGCAGUUUCAUCAAUGAUGACAUUUGUACAAUGGAAACUGAGCUUUAAUAAAGAUCUUCAUGUUGAAACUUC